AUGCUCUACACCCAUGCAACCCUUAUCACCGUCAACCCGGCGCGUGAGAUCAUCCUUGACGGCGCAAUCCUCGUGCGGGGCGACACUAUCGCUGAUAUAGACGCGUCCCAUGUGCUGAUUGCCAAGUACCCCGGCGAAGAGCGAACGGACUUGACUGGCCGCAUCGUCAUCCCGGGCUUGAUCAACACUCACAUGCACACCGCCCAGACCCUUCUCAGAGGGGCUGCCGAUGACCUGGAGCUCGUAUCUUGGCUGUGCGAGCGCAUCUGGGUCUUGCAAGGCAACUUCACUGCCGACGAUGGCUACGCCGCCGCCCGCCUCAGCAUCGCCGAAAUGCUGAAGUCGGGCACCACCUGCUUUCUGGAAAGCAUGUUCGCCGACCGCUAUGGUUUCGACGGCCUGUGUCGCGCCGUCGAGGAGAGCGGCAUCCGCGGUUGCCUGGGCAAGAUUGUCAUGGACGUCGGUACCUACGCCGCAGACCCCAAGUGGGCCAUGCAUCCAGGCCUGAUCGAGGACCGCGAAACGAGCCUGCUAGGCACGCUGAAGAUGUGGGAGAAGUGGGACGGCAAAGCCAACGGCAGGAUCAGAGUCUGGUUCGGCGCAAGGACGCCAGGAGGCGUCAGCGACUCCCUCUACCGCGAAAUGGCCGCCCUCUCCCAGCAGCACGCCAUCCCCAUAACCAUGCACUGCGCCGAAGUCCCCGCCGACCGCGCCUUCUUCGCCUCCCGCACACCCACCCCCCACACGCCCACCUCGUACUGCGCCUCCGUCUCGCUGCUCUCCCCCCGCACCGUCCUCGUCCACAUGGUCCACCUCGACGACGCCGACGUCGCCGCCGUCGCCGCGUCGGGCACGCAUGUCGCGCACUGCCCCUCGUCCAACGCCAAGCUCGCGUCGGGCCUCUGCCGCGUGCCGUGCCUGCUCGCCGCCGGCGCCAACGUCGCCCUCGGCACCGACGGCGCGCCCUGCAACAACACGUGCGACCUCCUGCAGGAGAUGCGGCUCGCCGCCGUCGUGCACAAGCCCGCGUCGGCGCAUCACGGCGCGGACCCGACGCUCGUCCCCGCGGAGACGGUGCUCGAGAUGGCGACGAUCAACGGGGCGAGGGCGUUGGGGCUGGAUGCCGUCGUGGGGAGUUUGGAGGUCGGGAAGAAGGCGGAUUUCGUGGCGGUGGAUACGAGGAGGGUGGGGUUGCGGCCGUGGUAUAGUGCUGUGAGUGCGGUGGUGUAUACGUGUACGGGGAGGGAUGUGGAGCUUGUGGUUGUGGAUGGGAAGGAGGUGGUGAGGGGUGGGGUGUUGGUGUCGAUGGACGAGGAAAGCGUUUGGCGGGAGGCGAGUAGGAGGGGGAAGGAGGUUGUGGAGAGGGCUGGGUUGGCGGGGAAGGUGGGUGGAAGGUGGCCGACGAGGUAG